UCAGCUAUUAAGUUUUAACUGAAAAUGCCUGGAAAAUUGCGAAGAAACGAUUACGACCUCGUAGAAGAAGCCUACGAUAGCAAGUCUCCUGUGCAAGAUGAAGAUUCCUUUGAACAUGGAAUCACCUUCAAAGUCAAGGUACUUUUGAAAUCAAUGUUAGCUUUGUUCGGUGGAAAUACAACUAAUUAAACAGCACUAAUUGCUGAGCAUAAAUUUCGUACUCGGGAUGAUUUAAUUUAUGUACGUUACUUUAGAUUUGAAAAGUGAUUUUUGGGAAAUUGUAAAUUUCGUGACAGUAAAAUUCGUCAUGUUUGUGUUGGUUAUGACUAAAAAAGGUGCGAAUCUCUAUUUAUAAACAUGGAACAUUUGCUAUGUUUUGUUCUCCUUUAUAGUAUAUCGGGACAAAAGAUAUCCACAAGCCUAGUAGCAGAGCUGAAAUUGUCACUUCUAUGCGACGAAUACGGGUAAGACGAUUUUUCUUUUAAUACAGAAUUUCAGAUUCAAAGCUCUGUGUUAUGAUAUUACAAACUUAGUUAUUAAAGUCGUAUAUAGUCACUUUACUUAUAAACCUUUUGUUGUAAGUCAAAAAGCGACCGUUUUCAUGCAGAAUUUAUUAUCUUAUUGUUAUAUCUAAUUAUUACAAUUGAAUUGAACGGGAUCAGUAAGGAAAAGAACUUUCUUGUCAAUAAGUCCUUGAAAUAACAGACUGCAGCCAAACAGUACAAUUUAUAAAAACUCUGUUGCUGAGUGCUCGUAUAAAUAUUCAACAAUUCGUCGGCAUUAAUCGUUUCCGCUGAAUAUUAAUCGCAAAAUUUUGUUGGGGUUUUAACAAGUAGUGUUGUUAACAGCUACGAAUAACCCCUUUUUUAUUGAUUGCUUUGCGUCCUGUGUAUGUAGUGGGUCAGGCGCUUCAGUGGGCAGUAGAUGUCAGUUACAGUAUUUCAAAUGUCCAAGUUGUUGUGGAUCCACAAAUUAAAGUUGAGAAUGGAGAAAAAAUACUGAAAGAGAGGUUCCGAGUGGACUUCUCUCAAAGCGUUUUUAUUAUAAAUGGUGCCCAUCAGAUUUGGUUCUGAAUGAGCAGAUCAGAUUGGCAGUUGAUUGCAUUAGAUGAACAAAAACCUGGAUUGCACCAGAUCCAAUCUGUAUCCCAGGAGCUUAUAGAUCUAAUAUAGAGAGCCUCUGUAUGGGUACCUGCAGACAUUGAUUCUGUUGCACGUUUCCCAUCAAAUCUUCAGUUUUUCAGGCAAAAGCACUGCAUAUCAAAAAUUAUUUUUUGUGGUAAUGCUUCUAGCAAGCUUAGCAUAUCCACCAAAAAUGACUGAAAUGAGAAAAUAAACACACUUUUUCACAUUUCUCUUAAAUAACUGUCAUUGCACCACCAACAUUGUCAAACUUGAUCGGAAUGGCAAUUAUGCAAUCAUUGCUUUAAUAAGAUCUAAAAUAAUUGCUUCAUCAAUGGUAAUCGUUGGGACUUUGAUUUCGUCAAAAAUACCUAUACAGUAGUUCUAAAGUGCUUUCAUUAAACAUAAGUACCAACUUGUGCUAACAAAUCCUACUUGGUUGCUUGUCAAAAUUUAUUCAAAGCUAAAUUGGACUGACAAUUUGCCGUUUCAGAUUUUUGCUCCUCUGUUUACAUGAUACCAUUAUUAAUUUGUCACUCCAGGCAUUAUUUUAUAAGGUCAUUUACAGGUACCAGGAGUGGGUAUGUGGUAGGUAAAAUCAUGUUCAGGUUAAACCAGCAUUUCUUUUGUCUUCUACGUGAAUGAUAAGGGCAAGAAAACAAAGGAAAUUCUGAAUCAAACUAAAUUGUAUAUUGGUCCUGAGAAUGGAGUUGAUUUACAACAGGUAUAUUUUUAUUAUUUUUAAGUAUGAGCACAAGGUACAUGGGUCCAAGAAAGAAAGAACAGAAUUGAGUGUUUCAGUGAUGGGAAUAAAGGUUGUCCACAGGGAAGAAGGAAAGCGAAAUUGGAUAACACAUCAUGUAAAUAUGAAUUCUCAUAUAUUUCAAAUUAUUUGUAAUUAUGUUCUGUGUAUUAAUAGUAGGCAAAUAACUUCUCCCCCAUAUAAAUGUAUGUUUACAUGCGCAGUGUAUGUAAAUGAUGUUUCACCUCCUUAUCUUAAAUCUGAAAUAAGCACCCUCUACAACAGUCUGUCCCUUUUUUUUCUUUUUUCCCCUAAUAACAAAUUUUCCAAAAAAAAUCUUUUUUGCAGUUUGGCAUUUUGCAAAAUUGUCAAUUUCAGUGAUUUAGGCAUAUGCAUGGGUGUAUGAGCAAUAUGUCUAUUAGAACCUUAGCGUCGUGAUAAUUUAUAUUGACACCAGAAAUGCCUCAAAAACUCCCAACAUGAAACAUAGUGUAGAUUGUGAGGUACAGUGAACUCAUUAAGAAAUAUGUCCAUCAAGAAUAAUUCUUGUUAUUAAACAGGAAUUUAAAUGCAUGUAAUGUAUAUAAAUGCUGUAUAUUUUGAAAUGACUUGUUUGUCAGUUAUGGAUAUCAGUAGAGUUAUGCUAGCCUUACCAGUAUAAGCAUUAAUAACAUGAAUAUAAAUGAUUACCUAAUUGCAAGAUCAGAGACUUUAUUAAGCUCUGUAAUUAAAUAAUAUUAUACAAAUAUAUUACAUGAAUGUUUUUGGGUAAGUGUAGCCAACUCACUCUUAAUGGACACCUCAGUCACCUUCAAGUCAUUGAUCUUAGGGGUAGCAAGUGGUACCUAGCUAGAAAAAUAUUGUGGGUCUCUGAAAAUUUUCAUAUGGUUUUGAAAUCUUUGAACCAUAUGUGAUGAGUGUCAUGGACUGAAGUCCUAUUUUUGUGUGUUUUUUUUUACUUGGGGCAUAAACAUUUGAAUUAUUUUAUGUGAAGUCUUGAAUUUUUAAGGACACUGCAGUGGUUUCUGAACAGUGUUAGUCUUCUGUAUUGAAAUAUUUUUGAAAGUACGAUAUCACUUUCUUUUGUGUUUUCAUUUCAGAAAAAGAAACAAGAGUUUGAAGUGACAGAAAUUAUGAGUCAUCCAAUUAACAGAAUAUUCUAUGUGUCACAUGAUUCCCAGGAUUUGCAAAUUUUUAGUUUUAUUUCGAAGGAGGAGGAUGUUUUUAGAUGCAGUGUUUUUAAAGCGAAUACCAAGGUAUUAUAAUAUGUUACAGUAAAUAUUGAUUUAUUUUAACUAGUUAUAAAUAAAAUUAUUAUUGAAAGCAAAUUUUUAACUUGUUGUUAGGGUCAGGGGUUGUCUAGGACUAAAACAGGAAUAAGUUAAGGUAUCAUUAAAAAAAAUCAGGGUAUAUGCAACUUGUCUUGUGUGGUUUAGUCGACAUUAAGGAGGACUCUGAAUCAGAACCUUGUGGGUUUAAAUCUCGAUCUGUAGAAGUAAAGGAUGGGAAGGUACAUUCUGAAUACUUCUUUUUUAUGUAUUUGUUGUAUUAAGAUGUUUAGAGGAGAUACCCCGGUAAGAGAGCAGUAAAAAAAAAACAAUGUGGAAUAGAGAGGAUCAUGUUUUUUUGUCCUCUUUGCAAGCUACUGUUCAGAAUCUUAUAUUUUUACGUGGUUUAUUAUGUAAGAAAAUACUGUAAAGUUCUGAAAGUAAUGACCCUCAUUACUUUUGGGUUUAGCAGCCUUUUUCCUAUUGGUAUUUUCGGAGGGCUACUACUUUCGGGUAUAGCUAAAAUGUGUACUGCAGAUAUGAAGUUGCAUUAAUAAUAUUGCACAAAAUCCAAAACAUCCACACUGUUUAUUUGGAGAAUCUUAUUUAAUGUUAUUGCUUUUUUAAAAAAAAGUUAAUAAAUUGUUUGAUUACGGUAUGGGUAUUCACUGACAAAAAGAAGAGUUUGAAAAUAAAAUGUAAUGUACUUUAGAGUUAACAAUUUUGCCUAUUAGCUUAUGACUUGGCCAUGUAAAUAUAUCUGUUAUAGGUUAAAUUUGAUUUCAGGUUAAUUGUCUCCUAGCCCUAAGAGGCAAAGGAAAUCCAGAAUCAACCUGGGUUACACUGCAAUUUUAACUAUGAUCAGUUUGAGCUGUUUGAGAAGUGGGCACCUGAGUUUUACUACACCACUGUAUUUGAGGGAAAGAGAGGCUGGCCGCUCUUUUUCUGUAAUGGCAAGCAAACUUUGGAAUAGCUUCCCUCUAAAAUUAAGAACUUCUCGUUUCAUUUGUGUUUUUAAACAUAGUUUAUACUGAAAUUUUCUGUCUUUUCAAGAAAGGCACAUGCAGCAGCCAUUGUUUCAAAAUUGUAGUUUUUAUAAGGCUUUUUCUAUUUGUUUACAUGUAUAUGUAGUUGCUAGCUUUAGCCACUUAUACUUAUCUUUGUUUAUAGUUUAUUGUAUUUUUUUUUGAAAUGUUUAGAUUUUAGUUAUGUGAUAAUGUUAAUUUUUAAUUUUUUACAUUUUUUAAACAUUUGUAUAUUUGUAAUAAAUUCCAUAUUGCACCCUGUAGGUGAGGGCCACAAAUUUAUUAAUGUUUUUCCACUAUUAUAGGUCACCCUUAUUAAACAAAGUUUGAUUGAUUGAUUGAGCAGUGUUAGCUUAACAAUCAAUAUUAAAGAAAAUUUCAACCAUCAAAAACUGAGAAAAAUUGCUGGUGGCAAAAAGUUUAUGAGCCAUACAUUUGUAAAAAAAUAUUUCAACUUUUGAAAAUAGAAUUUCUUUGCAACCAUAUAUUGGGCUCAAAUUUUCAGAGAUUACCAAUAUUGCUAUGUUCUUAUAAUAUUCAGAGAUGGUAUUUUAAUAACUUGAUAAGAAAAUGAUAAGCAUAUAUUAAUGAGAAAAAAAGGGAACCAAAGAUUUGCUUAUAAAGUGGCUUGAAAGGGUUUUGAUCUUUCACAUACAGGUAAAACAGUUUUUAUGAAUAUUCCUGAAAUGUAGAUUACCAUUGUCAUACUAUGACAAUAUAUAAAAUCAUUAUCCUUUGAAAAAAAAAAAAAUCAAAUACAUGGACAUAUAGGGAAAAGGGUGGAGUUGGGAUUUAGAGUUUGGUACAUUAUAAAGAACUUGAGACAGAAGGCUGUGAGACUUAAAUGAGAUGGAGAAUCAGGGCUUGACAAAAACUUGAAUUCUAGUUUGUCCUAUGGGCUAGUUUGAAUUCUUGUAACUGUGGGCCUUGUUACCUGGAAACCCAAAAUGCAUGAUGAAAUGCUGAAUGGUGUCUAUAGAAUUUGUUUAUGGCUUUUUGCUAGGCAACUGUGAAAUACCAAACCGAUAGAAAGAAAGAUUUAUGACCAAAGCGAAAUCGCACUACGUUUACGAUCCUAGUGAGAAAAUUAAUAAGUCGCUUCGCUCGUGCCCUAACGGUCGCUGGCUCCAUGAGAAUAAUGAAAGUAUUAAUAAUUAUUUAGAAAUAUUACAUGGCCAUGUGGAGAUAUAAAAUUUCUUUUUGAUUGCUCAAAAUAUUUUAUGAGUGCAGAGCACCGCAAGUGAGAUAUUUUUUCAACACAAGAAGUGAGCAAGCAACUAGUUUUUUAUGAUGUCAUGUUUUAUUUUUGAUAUAAACACAAAUGAAAUAGCAAACCACUUCACGUUAACACUUGUUUUGCUGCAAAAGGUGCAAUUUACUAUGUAACCAUAGCAAUGGCAGUCACUAUAUCCUUAUUGCUUAUUAUUCUAUACCGUUAUUAUUAAUACUUUCUGUAACACAGUGCAAUUGAUAGCUUGGAAAUUGGUGAUAACUAGAACUGAACAAACAUAAAUUUGUUUUGAUUUAUCAAUAGGCAGAUGCCAUACUUAUUGUAAGGACAAUUGGACAAGCUUUUGAGGUGUGUCACAAGCGAACAUUAAGCCAAGCAAGUCAAGAUAAUGCACUGCAGGCUGAUAAAGAUAAUCCAGGUCAGAAGACACAAUGACAUUUUUUCUUAGUUUCUUGUAGUUUUAGUGUCUGUCGUCAUGAAGCCUUGUUUCUUGAGAUGGCAUUUCCUUUCAGGACAAGUUUUGUUUUUGUUGUCGUUCUUUGUAAAUUAAAAAGUUACAUUAAUUAAUUUAUAACAUUCAUUUCCUUGCACGUGUAGAGCUUGACGUUCCUAUGAAAAACAAUGUUGCUCCAAUGGAAACAAAUGAGAGCUUACCCAGUCAGAAGGUAAGUCAGCUCCUUGCUAUAAUAUAUAUAGAACCUUGUUACUUGCAAACGAUUCUUGGAUAAGUGUCAUAAAUUUUAAUUUUAUAACAUUGCAGAUCAUAUGCACAUAUUUGCUUGGAGGUUGCUGAAAACCACAAUGGCUUUUAAUAGGAGCCUCCAAGGGACCUAAUGGAAAUGAUAUAUAAUGAGAAAAAUGGAAGAAAAAUAUUAACUAAUGCACAUUAUUAAGUUCAGUGAAUUUAUUUCCUUGGUUUAUUGAAAAAUUAAGCAUUUUUUCGACAAAUGGAAAAGAUCCAAAGGGGAGAUUACUUACAAUGUAGUACUUGAUUUGGCAUUCUGUGUCCCACCAUGUUUUUUUUUACCUGAGUUGUCUGCCCUUCUUGUUUUCAGAAAUUUACCGCCCUGCGUAAGACUUAAAAUUUUUUACUUGAGAUAACCCGGGGUGAAUUUAAUAAAACUUUUACAAGUGUAAUUUACAAGUGUAGCUAUUGUUUUAGGGUCUGAAAACAAUUUACACUUGUAAAAGUUUUAUUAAAUUGACUCCUGUAGGCCUGUGUUGAAUGGUCAGAAAGAACAACAAUGAUAAACAUACAACACAAUACAAUAUUCUUUAUUUAACGAAGGUGACGUAAUAACCCAAUGAGUUACCUAACUUACGGCCUUCACAACAAUACAAAAUACACAUAUAAAAACAAUGCCUAAUCAGUAAUAUACGACUACAACAAGCGAAAAAAUAGAACUAGACAAAUGUAUGGUUUAACAAGAUAUAAGAUGAUAUAAACUAAUUACCUUCUAAUACAGUUACAAUAAAGGGAAAAUGACAUAACCUGUGGAGAUCAGUUCCUGUUUUAAGUUGGCUGGUCUGCAGAGUAAUGGUAGAAGUUUGUGAGUUGAAAACCAACUGUCUCAAAACUCAGCAUCUUAUAACUGAGCUUGAGGAUACAGGGGCUGCUUUUGCUAUACAAAUGUAAAUUACUAUCUCUGAGAUUAAUGGUCAGUAAAAUUAAGACAAAUUCAUGUCCCUGGAUGAUCACACAAACUUUUAAAGCUUAUUUGCCCAAUUGGCAAGGUUCCAGGCAAGUCACCCUCUAAAGAAAUCAUCAACUAAGAAGAACUUAAUAAGUGGCCCCAGGCAAGCAAAAUGUGAGAGCUGCUUGCCCAAAGGUUAAGCUGGAAUUCAAGAGUUUUUCAAGCCCUGAAUUUUCUUGCCUUUUAUCUGUUGCCAGGUGGACUUACCUACAGAUGUGAGAGAAUACCACCCUGAUCCUAGUAUUGCACCAUUAACAAUCCAACAGCUUCGUCAAAUAUAUCAGCAACAGCUUGACCAUCAAAGACAAGAGACACAGGCUGCCCAGGCACAGCUCACCCUUGUGACACAGCAACUUGAUAAUGAGGCUGCUGCAAGACAGGUUCUUCAGGUAAGUGGAUAUUAUGUUUCCUGGCAUUUAUGCAUAGCCUAGUCAUUCUACACAUCUUUAAUUUAUUUUAAUGUUUAGUUUUAAGGUGCUGUAUCAUGGUUGUCUAGUUGGUUUUGUUAAUAUUGCCAACAACACAUCCUUAUUUGCAAACAAGCAGAACUUUAGUGAAAAAAAUCACUGGUAAAUGGCAAAAUCACAUCUUCAUUUCAAACAAAUAUGUCUCCCAAGCAUAUCAAAUGUUACAAACAACAAAAACGGACGUUGAAACAGACUGUUUAAGGCCAACAAGUUUUCAAAAACAGCAAUUCAAUCCACUUAAUCUUCUUCAAAUUUGUCCAUCCAUGUCUUGUGUUUAUGCUGUGUUAUUCAUACCUUGUUUUAAUAUUUUGAGCAGUUAUUUUUAUGUCCUACUCAAUUUGGUGACAUAGAGUUCCCGCUGUUUGAGGUUUGAAUUAAAUCUCGCGAUACAGCUUCUUUAAUCCAUUAUUAAUCCAUUACAGACUUUUCACCACGUUAGCCAUGAAUUAAAGUACUAUUAAAAAACGUGUUCAUUAAGUCAUAGCAUCCAAUUAAUUAAUCUUAAUUUUCAGAAUCAACUAGAUCAAGUGCUUAAGCAGAACAAAGACUUGAUAUCAACAGUAACACAAUUAGUUGACCAAGUUCAAACACUGCAAAACCAGCUGUGUGGCCGUGGUGACUCUGGUGUUAGCUUAAGUCUUGAUAUGGAUGGCAAGAUUUCUUCAGGAAUGGCAAUACACUCGCAAGCAUCAUCAUCAGUGAAUUCUUCUCCUUACAAAGAAGGACUUGUUUCAACGGCAGCUGUGUUAAAGCAUCGUCUAGGUGAACCAGUGUUUCCCAAUAUCCCACCUCCAGCUGUGACUCCAAGCCCAGUGAUGUCACACAGAGGUGACAUAGAUGCCUUGGAUGGCAGCAUUUCUUCUCUACAGUCUAGCAGCAAGGUUGCAAGUUCAGAAUCUUUUCUGCGCAGCAGUACAGUACCUGAGGGUAGCUCUCUUCCUCCUCUUGUGGAUUUAAGCUCCUCUGAACUUGAGAUGGUUGAACCAAGACACGAACCCUUCCCACAGCAGUUUCUUCAGUUUGUGUUUGACAGUUCUGAUCCAGGAAGGGAUAGCUCCACAAACAUAAAUACACAACAGAAUGGAACUGUUAAUGUAGCUAACACUUCCAUAUCACUAGGUGGGAAGUCUACAAUUUUGAAUGGUACUUUUUAAAGUCUGCUACAUGUGGUUCGGGUCUGCUAGAUAAAUUUAAUUGGUAUUGAUCAGGUAUUACUGAAUAAUGAUCAUUCUUAGUUUCUACACUCGAUGUCAGGGCUUGAAAAAAACUUGAAUUCCAGUAUGUCCUCCUGGUAUUAAGCAACUCUCACAUAAUUUUGCUUGCCUCGGGCCACUUCUUGCUCAUCUUAGUUAAUGGUUUUGGUACGGCAGGAUGACUUGCCUGGACUGUUACCCAUUGGGCAAGUAAGCUUGAAAAAUUACUUGCCCAGCAAGAAAAUCUAUUUGUCCCAGACUACUGGAUGGGAAUUUUUUCAAGCCCUGACUUGAGCCCGAGAAUAAAGCUUUUAGAGUGAGAAAGGGGCCAAAAGAGCUUGAGGAAGUGCCUGAUUGAUGCUUGGGUUGUUAAACAAAUUAAUAGACAACAGUUAUAAUUAUGGCCUGACUCUUAUAGACCAUGGAAUGAUGUCAAAAUGUUCAAAACUCAAGUGCCGGUUUCACUGCAAAGAUUUCAACACUUUGACUUCAUUUCUGUGAUCUAACAGAGUAUAGACCAUGGGAAAUUGUGGUCUAUUAAAUAGACCACAAUAAAAUUGAUCAAUGUUACUGUAAGAAACAAAUUUUGUUUCUUACAGUAACAUUGACAGUUUUUAAUGUCCAAAUUUUCCAGUGAAUUUUGUAUAGGUAAUCACAUGAUUUAGAGUGGAAUUUGGGAUAAAUCAGCGCAAGUAAUUUUUUUUAAGACUAACCAAAUUGCACAAGCCUGUAUUUUAUUUCAACCUUCUGCACUGUUUGGGAUUAAUUGUCACUCCAACAGAUAUUGCACAGACAAAAAACUGUGCCAUCUUCUGGUCAUUAUUAUUGCUUCUACUCUCAUGGACCACAGCUUUCAAGUCACUCAUUUAUUAUAAAAACUGUCAUGUAGUGUCCAAAUUCUGGGCAAAAUCAGAGCCCAUCACUCUAGAAUAUCCAUCUCAGAGUAGUCGUAAUUGAAAGAGUGUGGAAAGGAGAAGUAAAGUUCGUUGCAUAUAGAACAUUUUCCUUUCCGUCAGUCUAGUUCCGCUGUGAAAUGAAGCUGUCUACUAGCACUGAAAGUAUAUGAAUCAAUCACAAAUAGGUACACUCUUUAAUUUAGGUGAAUUGUUAUUUAAUAUGUAUUAUUUUGACAGCAUUCAUGAAAGAUGGCAUAUUAAUCAGUAGCCAAAUUUUAUCUCAAAAUAUGUGUCCAAAAUGUCUUAAACUUCAUUUUACUGCCCAUAUUUUUUAUAAAAUUAAUUUUUUAUCUGCUUGUACAUAGCAUAUACAGUGAAAAGAGUUUUUAAUAUAAAAUUGAGCAGUCUAUUUUUCAUUCUUCAAAAUGCCCUAAUUGUACAGUGUAAAAAUCAUGCAUUAUUCUUCUAAUAAUACUCCUGCAAGUACUUCCUUUUCAAAAUGACAUCGAGAGCAUUAGUAAGCAUUCAUAUACAUGUACACGUUUUGUAUAUUCAGUGGCAGAUUCAGAUAAUUAAGUGAGUGGGGGCACGUAGCUUGGUUUAAUGCUUAUUCCUUAUUUAACAAUUACCUGUUUCAAUGUGAUCGUUAUCAGUUCACUUUCUUUUCCCGUGUACUGUAUAGGGAAUCUAAGACAGUCUUGGAUUCUGGAUCCCACGUGGUGGAUUCCGGAAUACAGUACUGGAUUCCAGCCUUUGUGGAUUCCAGUCGUUAAGUGGGAUUCUGGAUUCCUUAAGCUGUAUUCCGGAUUCCAAAGCCCAGGAUUCUGGAUUCCGCAAGCAAAAGUUUUCCCCGUUUCCGGAUUCCCUUGCAUGGAGUGUACUUUCAGUUUUCUUUUGACAGCAAGUGAAAGUCAUCUGCCAUUCUGAGUUAAUAAUAUUAAUAGGUCUGAAAAUUUUCAGCAGAAAUUUUGAAAGGAAAUGGAUUAUUUUUGAACAUUUCGAUUUGGGCAUUUCCUUUUUCGAAACUUUAAUAAUCUGAGACGGGAUAGUUCAUAAAGCCAAAUAGUUAUCCACUAAUUGUUUAAUAUUAUUACACAUUGACAAUAACAAUGCGGGACAAAGCACUUUUUCCACUUUUAGAGACAAAGAUUAAGUAAAAAUUGUAGGUUGUAAUCGUUGUUAUUAUUAUAGCUCUUUGGUCAUAUAUGACCAUACAUAAUCUAGUUAGAAACCAGGAAAUUAACACUUGUAGAAUUAAGUAUUAAAAAAAACUUCCAUGAUGUAAUACUCUCAAACUGAGACGAAGCGAUCCGAACCCUCCCUUUCCAUUCACAGAGCCAAGGACUGACUUGCUUCUGUAAAUAAGGCUUUACCUAAAUAUAAGUUUACGUGACCUACACAGCCUUGGCACAAAACGAGCUCUGUCCAGUGGAAAAUCAUGGUACAUACUUGGGCUUCAUGCCAUCUGUCUUGUUCGGGGUUAUAAAUGCCCUUUCGGAUAUAAUGCACUAAUCGCUUGUAAUGUCAGUAACCAUAAGACAGUAGACUUGGGAAAACCUUUUGACAUACAAGGCAUAUUGAGUUGUUUUUGGUGAUCUAUUUUCCUAUUCUCUAGGCGACAACAUAGGACAAAGCCCAAGUAUGUACCAUGCUUUUCCGUAUUAAUAGGUAAACCCUUAUUUACCGAAGCAAGUCAGUCCUUUACGUAGGACUGAUACUUUCACCCAAGAAUAUUGUUGUAAUCAUGGAAGAUCGGCCUCAGCGCUGGGGAG